AUGAACAAGAAGAAUUUGCGUGUUGUUUUUGCUCGAAGUCCGCCCGAUGUUUAUGAUAAUUGCCCGCGAUUUCCAACUAUGGAACCUACAUUUCAAUGUCCGCGUCCAGGUUAUAGUUUAGAGGUGAGCAGAGAAACAAAAAAAACCAAGACAAUUAAUAAACUUUGAAGAUUCUGAAAAUGCUGACAGAUGCUUUGAAUUGGAAUCUAAUUCCGAUUUUUGACAAUUCGCCUGUGGGAAAAGCAGAUUGGGGAACAAAAAUAAAUGGAAAAUGGACUGGAAUGUUAGGAUAUUUGAUGAAUGGUACAGCUGAUACUGUAUGUAUGACUUAUCAGUGGACAAAUACAAAAAGUGAGGAGUUUGAUUUUUCCUAUCCGAUUACGAAUGUCCAACCGAUUUUUGUUGCUCGCACGAAAAAUGAAACUAUCAAUUCGGUUUUAUGGAACGCUUUCAGGCCUUUUAGUUGGCCAGUCUGGGGAACUCUUUUUGCUAGUUUGAUUUUCAAUAUUUUUGUGAUUAUUUUCAUCUCAAAAAUUGAAUUUAUGAUUGCACUACGACAAAACCUCCGGUCCUUACUAAUGGCGUGGGACCUUGUUCAAUUACAACUUGAUAAAAAAUCGGAAGAUCUAAUUUUCUAUACAAUAUCAGGUAUACUCUGAGAGUACAAUAUCAGAUCAACUCAACCAAUUACAGGAAAUAUUAUUUUAUUUACAUUUGCUGUACUACAAUCUGGCUUAAUGAAUAGUUUAUACAAAGGAUUACUUCUCGCAUCUCUAGUGACUUCAAGUGGCGAAAAUCCAUUUCAGGUAUAUUACUUUCAAUUUAAAUAUCAUAAAAAAGCAAACCUUAGAACGCAGAUGAGAUGAUAAAACUUAUCGCCGACAAAAAAUACCAUCUGACAACUGAUUAUUUUGAUUGGUAUUUUGACGAUUUGGAGCAUUCCAAUGCUUCGCAUUUUGUGAAACUUCGUGCGGCUGUCAAGAAUAAUCCGGCGGUAAGUUGUAAAAAUGAAAAUAAACGGAUAUAAUCCCGUUUUUACAAAGAGAGCUUUAGCGCGCAAACAAAAACAAAAGCAAAAAAAUGUGUUCUAACACGGUGACGCAAAAUUACACACAUCGCCACGAGACCAAACAGAAAAAUACGGUGUUCCUUGAAAACUACUGUAGUAAUUUUUCAAUAUUCAAAAAUUUAUUUUCAUGAUUUUUUUAAGGUUAACGCUGGAAGUGUAGAAAAAGCUCUUGAUCUGAUUGACACUGGAAAAUACGUUUACCCAAUGCAACAAGAUUCAUUAGCACUGCGAAUGUCAAAAGAACGAUGUGAUUAUUUUUAUAUCAGUCAAGGUAUUAGUUAAAAUAUUGUGGUUACUGGGGAUAUAAAUAGUUUUAAGGGAUGCCGCAAGUAUCUUCAUAUUUCAUAUUUCCGAAAAAUUCAAGUAUGACUUCUGAAUUAAAUCAACAAAUUGUUAUGAGUUAUGAUUUUAUUCAAAGAACUUUCGACAAGUAUUUCAACAAUGAUUAUAAAUUAUCUAAAUUAGUUCCAAAAUGUAGAUCAUCGAAUGGUGAUUCCUCAGGUUCAAAUUUGGAAGAUUCAGAUGAGACAACACAUACUGAAACUACAGAAACCCAAAAAUCAUCAGAUAUUGAUUCAGUAAUUGGUGUAUUUAUAAUUGCUGCGAUGGGAAUUGGUGUUAGUAUGAUUGCAUUUAUUUUCGAACUCGGAUAUUAUUGGUAUUCGAAAUUUUCAGAAAAACAAUGUGGAUUGAAUGUUCGACAUUUGGUAAAACUUGCAAGAUCACAUUUUACUACAGAAGACAACCAGAAAAUUAUUAAUGUUAUGAAAUUAGUCAAUGUUCUUCCCAGUAGACAACCCAUCUCUUUUCAUUCUUUGCUCUAG